GACGACGACGAUGACGACGACGACGACGACGACGAUGACGACGACGACGACGACGACGAUGACGACGACGACGACGACGACGAUGACGACGACGACGACGACGAUGACGACGACGACGACGACGAUGACGACGACGACGACGACGACGAUGACGACGACGACGACGACGACGACGACGACGACUAA